AGCUUGUAGUAGAUGCUACUCCUAACGAAAUAUUUUAUUUUUUGUAGCUUCCAGUCCUUGGCAGCAGAUGGAUCAGCCGAUGCUACGAGCCGAUUGUUUUCUCUAUAUGAUCUUGUGUUUCUCACACUUUGUCUUUCAGUGGCAACAAUAACUGUUUCCACAGGAAUUAUUACCUCAAUCCGAAGAGUUUCAUCAACGCGGUGCAAUGAAGAUCUAAGCAAAAUCAGAACUUUCAACUUUUUUUGUAUGAAUAAGAAAACGGGCCAAAUUUUAACUGCACCUUUAAGGAAGCUUUCCAUUUCAAUGCUAUCUUCUGGGAACUGGAUGUGUCGAAGCUGGAAAAUAGACUAUGCUGGAAACCAUCAAGAAGCGACAACAAAAGUGGACGUUUUUGACUAAAAUGUUUAGAAUGCCAGGAAAGAAAGAUUAACGUUUUUAUUUGAUUCAGAAAGAGAGGAGCUGCGUUUAAUGCGGUUACUGCAAAGAAUGAUUAAUGGAAAUCUAUUCUUACAAUAUACAAGAGAAAGAAACUGGAAGGAUGCAUUUCAUUUUCUACAUUUACAUUCUUUUGGUUUAUGGUGUGGAUAAAAAUUUGGAAGAAGGUCUUGGAUUGAUCCUAAAGAGCUAUAGAGUUAGGUUUUGAUCCAUUAGAAACCCAUUUGGUUUUCAUUUUGGAGCUUUUGGAUAAUGUAGGCUGCUAUGGGACAGCGUCCAACGUGGAAAUUACCUCUGGCAAGUUGUAAUUGAAGCCAAAAGUUAAUGCCUCGCAUGAAGUAUGUGUCUUAACGUCAUGACGAUGGUUGUGACCAAGAAGUUACCAAGGCACUUUUGUUUUUGAGGCAACUUUUGUUUAGUUUCUUCUUCGGCUAUAUCCAAAGUCGCUAUGCUUUACGAGGCAAUUAAGGUGAUACCAAAUCCGACAUCAACUAGAACAGAUAAAACUGCUUAAACUUAUGGAGGAGCAGAAUUUAGUAGUAUAGGAAGGUUCCGAAAAUCUGGAAGGUAGAAAGGCUCCUAUCUUAUUCAAAGAAUGCAUUCAAUAGAGUUCUCCGUCGGUGCACAAAACUCAU